AGGAGUGGACUGGUCAGUGGUUUGAAGGCACCGUUGGAUCUAGUUGGGUCAAAGGAAAUCCAGUUUAGGAGUGGACUGGUCAGUGGUUUAGAGGCACCACUGGACCUAGUUGGGUCAAAGAAAAUCCAGUUUAGGAGUGGACUGGUCAGUGGUUUAGAGGCACCACUGGACCUAGUUGGGUCAAAGAAAAUCCAGUUUAGGAGUGGACUGGUCAGUGGUUUGAAGGCACCGUUGGAUCUAGUUGGGUCAAAGGAAAUCCAGUUUAGGAGUGGACUGGUCAGUGGUUUAGAGGCACCACUGGACCUAGUUGGGUCAAAGAAAAUCCAGUUUAGGAGUGGACUGGUCAGUGGUUUGAAGGCACCAUUGGAUCUAUUUGGGUCAGUGGAAAUCCUGUUUAGGAGUGGACUGGUCAGUGGUUUGAAGGCACCACUGGACCUAGUUGGGUCAGUGGAAAUCCAGCUCUACAGUAGACUGGUCAGUGGUUUAGAGGCACCACUGGACCUAGUUGGGUCAGUGGAAAUCCAGCUCUACAGUAGACUGGUCAGUGGUUUGAAGGCACCACUGGACCUAGUUGGGUCAAAGAAAAUCCAGUUUAGGAGUGGACUGGUCAGUGGUUUGAAGGCACCGUUGGACCUAGUUGGGUCAAAGAAAAUCCAGUUUAGGAGUGGACUGGUCAGUGGUUUAGAGGCACCACUGGACCUAGUUGGGUCAAAGAAAAUCCAGUUUAGGAGUGGACUGGUCAGUGGUUUGAAGGCACCAUUGGACCUAGUUGGGUCAAAGAAAAUCCAGUUUAGGAGUGGACUGGUCAGUGGUUUGAAGGCACCAUUGGACCUAGUUGGGUCAAAGAAAAUCCAGUUUAGGAGUGGACUGGUCAGUGGUUUGAAGGCACCGUUGGAUCUAGUUGGGUCAAAGGAAAUCCAUCGCCUGGCUGGUACCAUUGAUGGAAGGGCGCCUUCCGCAGAAGUUGAACUAAAGGCAGAACGGGAGCGUAAUGCUGUACUAACGUCCAAGUUGAAGAAGAUGAAGGCUCGAAAUAGGGAGCUGAUGAACUCAAAAAUGAUUGGGGAAUCGGAUGUAAAGUAUGUGAAGCGGGUUAUCAACUUAACUAAAUUGUGCGACUACAAUGAGAGCCAAACUCUGGAGAACGUUGCGGAUGUCAUUCAAUCCCAUGCGCUCAACCUGAACGUUCGCGAGUUAGGUAGGAAAGUACUGAGAAAAGGUGGCACCAUUCCAGCAUUAUUAGAAAAAGUUCGAGCCAUUGAAAUUGGCCAACUGAAUGAGGAGUUGUUCGCAAAAUCCCACAUGUCCCAACAAGCUCAAGUUGCUGCAGUAUCUGCCAGCUCAACGAUUUCGACUCGACCUCGGCCAUAUGAUUCUCAUGUAGAAUGUGAACGUCAACACCAGACACCCAGCGCAGGUCUUCGGUCGAAGAUGAAGGAAUCCCAUUGGACCAGCAUCAAAAAAAUCGCUAUGGUCUCCAAGGGAGAGUUUACGGAGGAUACUAACGUAAGUGCUGAUGAUUAA